CAAAAAGCAACAUGGCGGCUGUAGGUUCAGGGCGGGAUACCGGCGCUGACCGAUGACGUUGUGAAGGGAAGAGCGCUGGUUGGUGGGUUUGUGUUUGGUUUUGGCGCUGCCCUUCCAACGAAGGAGAGGAGACAGCGGGGACCGGCUGAUGGCUGACAAGGAGGCGGCGGUGCUGGAGGCCUUGGGCCGCUUCGGUCUGCGGAGCCUGAGGAGAGCAUGGGUGGAUUCUGUCUGGGAGCUGGAAUUUACUGAGACGGAGCCUCUGGAUCCAAGGGUGGAGGCUGAAAUCAUAGAGAAUGGAGUG